AUGGGCGACAUCGUAACCUGCCCGAUCUCACACCACAAGAUCGCAAACAUCCACAAUGGAAAGGUGCCCAGUGGCACAGUCAAGGCUGGUGGUCAGGACAAGCCCGCGCCGGGCAAGUACAUCCACUGGGAUGCUGAGGGUGUAGAGGUCAUCCAGCCUGGCGAGCAGGAGAAGAUCAAGGAGGUCUCGGACCAGUUCAAUCGCUUCCAGAUGAUGAACUUCAACGAGCACAUGCAUUGUCUGCGAGGCACACACUUGAAGACACAGGGCUGCGUCAUGGGCAAGUUUAUCGUCCACGACAAGCUUCCAGAACACCUCGCACAAGGCAUGUUCAAGAAGCCCGGCGUGUACGAUGUCAUCAUGCGCUACUCGUCCCUCACGCCAAAGAUUUUACCUGAUAAUGUGCCCGCCCCUCGUGGGAUUGGCAUGAAGAUCUUCGGCAUUGAGGGCGAGAAGAUCUGGGGGGAGGACAAGAAGACUCAGGACUGGACGUUCAACAACUAUCCCAUCUUGGAGCUGCGUGAUCCCCAGACUACCUACGACAUUGCAGAUGCCCUCGAGCGCAACUGGAACGAUCUCCCGAAGUUUGCAGAGGAGCAGUCAAAGCGUGUAGAUGCGGAUGUUGCAACACUAGGAGGCGGACUGCCCAAGCAGCACAUGUACGCCAUGCCAGAGUACUCGCAAUCAGCCUACCGACACGGAAGCUACGUAGCCAAAUACGGCGUGUUCCCGCUCUCGCAAGAGCAGCUCAACCGCGUCGACGACGCCAUCCGCGACGACGACCCCAUCAACAUCAUCUCGCAGGAAACGCGCAGAUUCCACGCCGCCCACAGAAUCACCUACUCGUUCUGUGCGCAGAUGCUGCAGGACCUGACGGAGCAGCCCGUCGACGACAUCGGCAUCGAGUGGGACCCGAAAAAGUACCCCUUUGAGCACAUCGCCACGCUCGAGUUCGAGCCCCAGGACUCGUGGCUGCCCGAGUUCAGGACGUGGUGGGAUGAUAGGAUUACGGUGAAUAGCUGGCAUGGCCUCAAGGAGCAUCAGCCGCUAGGUUCGACCAACAGGAUGCGCAGGGUCGUGUAUGCGGAGAGUAGGAAGUUGCGGUUGAGGGUUAAUGGGUACAGGGAUUAUAUUGAGCCGGGAAGCGUUGGUGAGGUUCCGGCUCCCCUGCCAGCGCCGCAGUUGCCGUUGAGACAUCAGCCUGCUGUCACGACUGUGGAGGCGUGA